GCUGCCCCGGCGAGGGGCGGGAGGCGGGGCGGCCCCGGGCCGGAACGGCGGCGCCGCCUCAAGAUGGCGGAGUACGUGCAGGUGCUGAAGCGGGCGUUGAAGCACCUCAGCGGCCACGGCGGCGUCCGCGGCGCCAUGUGGCAGCUGCUGAGAGUCAAUGAUUUGAAGACUGGUACACUGAUAGGAACUGACAAAUAUGGAAACAAAUACUAUGAAGACAAAAGAAACUUCUUUGGUCGACACAGAUGGGUUAUCUACACUACUGAAAUGAAUGGCAAAAAUACGUUUUGGGAAGUUGAUGGAAGUAUGGUGCCCCCUGAAUGGCAUCGCUGGCUUCACUCAAUGACGGAUGACCCUCCAACUACUCAUCCACCAGUUCCUCGUAAAUUUAUCUGGGAGAACCAUAAAUUCAAUCUGAGUGGCACUCCUGGACAGUACGUACCUUACUCUACUACUCGCAAGAAGAUACAAGAGUGGAUCCCACCUACAACACCUAGCAAAUAACAACAACAAAAAAAUGUGACUCACCUCAGCUUUGGCUUUCAGUGUAAAUUGUAUUUUCACUGGUUUUGUUGAAAAUAAAAGCAUCCUAUAACA